AUGGAUCCUGAUAAAGCUAAGAGCUUAUUUGAAGAGGGUGCAGUUAUCAUCGUAGAAGAUAUGCCAGUUGGUAAUGAAUUUGGGAUUGAUUACAACUGGUGGAACACCGGUCAAAAAUUUCAAGGAUUGAAAAUGAUACCAGCUGGACUUCACUUUAUUUUUAGCCGAGCUUCUGUGACGUCGCAGACGAACAAAACUAAUAACACACUUAAUGCUAAUAUCAGUAAUGCAGAUUUAGGAUCUCGCUGUGGCUUUUUCCAUUUUUUUAAAAAGAGAGAGAUUAUGUGGCUGCAAUGGCAUAAGCGGAAUGAAAUAUUAGUUCAUAAAGAUAGUAGUCAAGAAGACUUAGAAAGAAUUAGGUGCAAUUUGAGAGAUUUAGAUCAAAAUCUUGGACCCUAUCCAUUUGAAAAUCAUGAAAAAUGGCGUUGUCUGUCUGAUCAUAUUACUGAAGAAAUAAUUCUUAAAAUGCAACCAUUGAAUAUCAUGAUAACCUCAGUAUCACAAUAUUUACCAAAGUCUUAUAAAUCAUCUAGGCAAAACAGAUAUGAAGCCAAAUCAGAAGAUAAUAUUGAUAUCAAACUAGAUCCUAAUUGUAUAUUAAGAUUUUCCGAUAUACCAAAACGUAAAUUUCCUAAUUCGUCAACGCCAAGCGAAAUCACAAUUCACAGCAUGGAUAAGAGUUAUACGCUGGAUUACGUUAUUGAGAACUGCCACAACAAUAAUGAAAAUCAACUACUUGGAGAAUUACAAUUAUCGUUUAUCUGUUUCCUUGUUGCGCAAGUUUAUGAAGGUUUUGAGCAAUGGAAACGAAUUGUAGAUUUACUUUGUUCAUGUCAAAGUAUAGUCAGUAAAAGAGCAGAAUUAUAUAGGAGUUUUUUACGAAUAUUUAGUGAUCAAUUACGAGAAGUACCCGAAGAUUUUUUUGUUGAUAUUGUUACGAGGGAUAACUUCCUAGUUACCAAGUUGAAUGAACUAUUUUCAACUCUACAAGAUUCCUCUUUAACCAAUACAGAACUAAUGACUGAGGCCAACGACUUUCGUCAGACUCUAACGGCUCGAUUUCAAUGGGAUUUUGAAAGUGAACCUGACGAAUUUGCUCCAAUUGUUGUAAUGGAAUGA